GGUUUGAUGACACAAGAUUCAGUCAUAUAUAAUACCCAGCACUGGAGGGAAGCAGUUGAUAUUUUCUCAACCAAAAACAUAUUAUCUUCAAUUUUCACUAGCUACUUGACUUCAUUGCUUAAUUAUUAUUUGCAGAAAGAUGGAUUCAAUUAAAUCGCAUGCAGUAUGUCUUCCAAGCCCAGCACAAGGUCAUAUUAACCCCAUGAUGCAACUGGCCAAGCUCUUGCACUCUAGAGGCUUCCAUAUAACCUUUGUCAACUCCAAGUUCAAUCAUAGACGAUUUAUACGGUCUAGAGGGGAAGAAGCUGUUAAGGGUCUGCCUCAUUUCCGGUUCGAAGCCAUACCCGACGGGCUGCCACCUUCCGAUUCUGAUGCGACUCAGUCUGUUCCGGCACUAUGCAAUUCCACACGGAAAAAUUGUUUGGCUCCAUUUCUGGAGCUACUAUCUAAGCUUAAUUCCUCACCCCACCUGCCGCCUGUUACAUGCAUAGUUUGUGAUGGAACCAUGAACUUUGGUACCAAGGCAGCUCAACUCAUUGGGGUGCCUUAUGUUCAACUCUGGACUUCUUCAACCGUUAGCUUUCUGGGAUUUCUGCACUACAAAGAACUAGCUCAAAGAGGCAUUGUUCCAUUCAAAGAUGAACGCUUUGUUAGCGAUGGGACACUUGAGAUGCCCAUUGAUUGGAUCCCUGGUAUGCCUAACAUGCGUCUCAAGGACAUACCAAGCUUCAUAAGAACCACCGACCCUGAUGACUUCAUGUUUAAUUACAUCAUGGAAGUAUCACAAGAAUGCUUAAAUUCAUCUUCAAUAAUCUUCAACACAUUCGAUGACUUGGACAAAGAAGUGCUACAAGUUAUUGCAUCCAAAUCCCCUAAUAUUUAUGCAAUUGGUCCACUCACUUCACUAAGUAAGAACUCACUCGAAAUCCAAUACAACUUAUUAAAUUCAAGCCUAUGGAAGGAAGACACAAGUUGCAUCGAAUGGCUUAACACAAUGGAACCCAAGUCAGUGGUGUACGUGAAUUAUGGGAGUGUAACGGUGAUGUCUAAUCAUCAUCUAAAAGAAUUUGCUUGGGGACUUGCAAACAGUAAAUACCCAUUUUUAUGGGUAGUUAGGCCCGAUCUUGUGAUAGGUGAAUCAGCUAUUUUGCCAAGAGAAUUCUUAGAGGAAAUAAAGGGAAGGGGUUACAUAAUAAGUUGGUGUCCCCAGCAAAAAGUGUUAUCCCACUCGGCGGUUGGCGUUUUCGUCACACAUUGCGGAUGGAAUUCUAUUUUGGAAGCUUUAUCCGAAGGUGUGCCUUUAAUUUGUUGGCCAUUCUUCAGUGAUCAACAAACGAAUUGUCGAUAUGUGUGCACCACAUGGGGCAAUGGCAUGGAAAUCAAUCCAGACAUAAAGCGUGAAAAUGUGGAAGCUCUUGUUAAAGAGAUGAUGGAAGGAGAUAAUGGGCAAAGAAUAAGGCAAAAGGCACUGGAAUGGAAGAAGAAAGCUGAAGCUGCCAUUAGCCUUGGAGGAUCUGUUGUCACCAACUUUGAUAAAAUGAUAAAUGAGGCCUUAAGUCAUGGUCGAGUAGUAAAAUCAUAAUACAAUUGUGUUGUAUGUUGUGUGCAUGUUUUUUUUUCCCAAAAUAAAUUAUUAAAUGUUAGAUUCAUAAA